AUGGAGACUAUUAUGAAUUCGGUUAAGAGCAUGGCUCUUGAUGUAGGUCAGUUCUUAACGCCAGUACUACGAGAAUCAAAAUUUAAAGAAACUGGCGUAUUAACCCCUGAAGAAUUUGUUACUGCUGGUGAUCAUCUUGUGCAUCAUUACCCAACUUGGUCUUGGGGAUUGUUAGACCCUUCAAAAGCCAAGCCAUAUCUUCCAGAGAAUAAACAAUUCUUAAUCACUCGCAAUGUGCCUUGUUUCAGUCGAUGCGUAGAUAUGGAGUAUGAUCCUACACAAGAAAAGAUACUUAAAGCUAAAGAGUGGAACGAAGAAGAUGAUUUUACGAAUGUUGAAGAUGAUGAAGGAUGGGUAGACACUCAUCAUUAUGCAUUACAGACUAAUCAGAAACCUGCAUCAAUGUUCGAAGUACCUGAGAAAAAGCUUUCCCCCGUAGAAAAUUCUGAUGGAGCAAGUGAUGUCGAUGAUGAUACACCACCAAUGGACAUGGAUAAGUUUAUAGCUGAAGGGGGUCUGGAGGAGGACGAUCCUUAUAGAUUUGUUGAAGAGGGAAGCAAACAAGUUGGAGGAGAUGUGGACAAUGUGCUUCAUACGCGAACAUAUGAUCUCUAUAUAACUUAUGAUAAAUAUUAUCAGGUACCACGACUUUGGUUAUCUGGAUAUGAUGAAAACAAUAAGCCACUUACUGUCGAAAAAAUGAGCGCAGAUUUUUCGCAGGAUCAUCUGAAUAAAACAAUCACGAUGGAAUCUCAUCCAUAUUUUCGCACGGCGAUGGCAUCUAUUCAUCCUUGCAGACAUGCCGAAGUAAUGAAACGUCUCAUUGAACAACUCGCUGAAUCUGGGAAAGAACUUGUCGUUGAUCAAUAUCUUCUUAUAUUUCUCAAGUUUGUUCAGGCAGUGAUCCCAACUAUAGAAUAUGACUAUACACGUAGUAUACAACUUUAA